AUGGCCGGCUCAAUGCACCUGUCGCGCCUUCGCACGUGGUUUCUUGCUUCGCCGCCGAUCGAGUUUGCCAUCACGAAUCUUAAGGAGCUACUGGUGGGCGCGCUCCGCCAGGGCCCGAUCCCGCAACAUGUCGCUUUCGUGAUGGAUGGGAAUCGCCGGUUUGCGAGGUCACAUGGAAUUGAGACUGUGGAGGGUCAUAAUUUGGGCUUCGAGGCGCUGGCUAGGAUUCUCGAAGUCUGUUAUAAGAGCGGUGUCAAAGUGGUCACAAUCUACGCGUUCAGCAUUGAGAACUUCAAGCGCUCCAAAUUUGAGGUCGAUGCGCUCAUGGACAUGGCCAAGGUGAAGCUGUCCCAGAUGGCCCAGCACGGCGACUUGCUGGAUAGAUAUGGUGCCAAAGUCCGCGUCCUCGGCCGCCUCGACCUGCUCAAACCGGACGUUCUCGCUGCAGUCAACAAGGCUGUCGAUCUGACCAGCCGCAACGGUGACCGCGUAUUGAACAUUUGCUUCCCCUAUACCUCCCGCGACGAGAUUACGGGUGCGAUCCGCGAUACGGUGGAAGAUUACAGCACACCUCUGCGUCCUGCUCGCACACCCUUCUCCGAAUCCCAUAUCGUGCACAAUAUUCGGGCCCAGACGCUUGGGUCGUCAAACCCCCAGGAUACCCACAGUGACUCCGAGUACUCGUCGGCAGAAUCUUCCGCACACGAAGAUGACCCUGUCUUGCGCAACGAUCAUGCUAGUCGAGUAUACGAGUCUGGUUCUUCGUUCUCGUCAUCUACGACCCUCCAUCUUGGGGGCCAAGAUGGGCACCACAAGGGCGCAGCUGCGGUGAAUACAUCGGACGGUGACAGUCCUGUGUACAUGUCCCCUGAAACCAUUUCGCGCCAAACCCUCACCGAUCACAUGUUGACCAAGGGCACACCACCUUUGGAUAUGCUGGUGCGGACUUCUGGUGUCGAGCGGCUGAGCGAUUUCAUGCUUUGGCAGUGCCACGAAAACACAGAAAUCGUCUUCCUGGAUGUUCUGUGGCCAGAGUUCGAUCUGUGGCAUUUCUUGCCCGUUCUAAUUGGAUGGCAACGACGCAUCUCCAAGUCUCGCCAGAACCCCAAUGCUGAAGGCAACUUUGCCGGUGAUAGCCCGGAGACUAGCGAGGAGGACAUGGAUGGCAUGGCGUUACGACAAAGCAAGGUCAAGGCGAUAUAG